GUCGGCUCACGGUCACGUUGUCCUUUGUGGUGAACUCGCAACAAAAAAUAUUGUCAUCAAUGAAUGUCAUUCGCACUAAAUCUUGUGACAUCGAACUAUAGUUGACUAAAUAAAAUGGAUAUGACUAUAGUACUUAAAGUUUUGAUGACAUUCGUGUGAUUGUCAUCAAAUGUUCGUUAUGUGUAAAACGAAAAAGAAAUUAAACGAAAGUGGCGGAUGUACGGAGUAUGAAAUUCAAGAGGUGGGAGUAAAGCAUCGCUGAUGCCCGCAGUGGAGCCAACACAAUGGAUCAGUGGGUCACGGCGGCCAGCGCAUUGUUGGCCUUCCUCUUAUACUACAACACGCUCGACGCCGGAUUUGUUUAUGACGACAGACGGGCGAUCCUCUCCAACCCGGACGUCAUCGGGCAUACUCCAAUAAAGGCUUUAUUUGAAAACGAUUUCUGGGGAACACCGCUCACGGACCCCGGCUCGCACGGCUCGUACCGCCCUUUGUGUGUGGCCUCGUACCGACUGAAUUAUGCUCUGAGUGGAUUUAAACCAUGGAGUUAUCACUUUCUCAAUAUAUUGUUCCACUCGGUGGCAACGGCGCUGGUGGUUACCACAGCUCGCCGGCUGCUGCCUGCUUACUGCACGCGAGUAGGUAGCGCAGUGGCCGGCCUAAGUUUCGCCGCUCAUCCGAUACAUACAGAAGCCGUAGCCGGCGUAGUUGGACGGGCGGAUUUAGCGGCGUGCAACUUUUUCCUAUUAAGUUUUUUACUUUAUUGUGAACAUUCGAGACUCCGAAACGAGCAUCAAAGGAAGCCAUGCCGGCAUAUCACAAAAGAUUUAACACACCGGCAACUGUCAAUUAAUGUACAAAUUUUAAGAUUCAGUUGCCAUGGAUUUUUCGAACAGAUAGCGACGAAUUUUCGAAAGCUUUUGAAAGCUAGCAAAAUUGGGACACCAGUACUGAAAACGUGCGACGUCGAUUCGGGUACUCUGAAGUUAAAAAAGUGUCAGUGUGACAGUGACGUGAGUGCGUAUUCGUAUGAACUUAUGCAGUGGUUCACGUUGGCGGGAACACUUUUGUUUGCUACUGCUGCCACGCUUUGCAAGGAGCCGGGGAUUAUGGUUGUACCACUUUGUAUCCUCUACGACCUUUUAAGAGAUACGCGUCACGAUGAGUCGUCGUUGAAGUAUCGAUGGCGAAGCAUUUUCGCCCUGGGAACUGGUGGUUGCAUACUUCUCUUCUGGAGAUUGAAGUUCAAAGGGAACCCGUCGCCUUUCGCUACUGCAGACAACCCGACAGCACGGGACCCAUCUUUUUUAACCCGACUUUAUACUUUCGCGUACCUGCCAGUGUUUAAUUUUUUUCUCCUCUUGUAUCCAUUCCAUUUAAGCUUCGAUUGGUCAAUGGAUUCAAUACCAAGAAUAACGUCAAUCUCUGAUCCGAGAAAUAUAUCAUCAGUGUUAUUUUACGUUGCCUUAUCGAAAGUGACAUGGCGAGCAUUUCUAAUGCAACUCAAAAUAUUUCAUGACAAAAAGAUAAAAUUUUAUAAGAAGGCAGCUCUAAAAAUAAAAUCGAAAUGGAAUUAUAAUUGCAAGAAGCAAAUGAAACUUCUAGAAAUAGAAAGAAGAACUGUUAUAGCUAACAAUAUUACAAGCAAACCAACAAUAUGUCCAUGUAACGGAUGUAAACACUCCUUAUCAAUGGAUCAUACAUCAGUUUGUCGUACUGUUAAUAAUAACAACACAAUGAUGCAUAACUCUAAUUGCAUAUGUGUGAAACCACAAGAAAAAGUAAAAGAAAAAGAAACAGUGAAAGUUCAAAUAGCUAAGAAGUACGUGUAUAGCACGCCACAAGCGUCUAUUAUUGUUUUUAUAGCAUUCAUGGUGCUACCCUUCGUGCCGGCCUGUAAUAUUCUAUUCUACGUGGGUUUUGUUGUCGCGGAACGUGUGCUUUACAUUCCCAGUAUUGGAUUUUGUUUAUUACUCGGACUUGGGGCAGGCUCUUUGACAAGGAACUGGAAUAGGAAUGAAAUACGAUGCCGAAUUUUUAUGUUGGCAUUGAUGAUUACUCUGCUGACAAUGUGCGGGUGCACGCUGCGCAGGAAUCUAGAUUGGCAUGAUGAAGAGAGUCUAUUCAGAAGCGCGUUACAUAUAAAUCCACCAAAAGCGUACGGGAACCUGGGCAGCGUGCUCACCACACAAGGGAGGAUAGCAGAGGCGGAAGUUGCAUUCGGCCGGGCUCUCAAAUACAGGCCAAACAUGGCCGAUGUACACUACAAUUUGGGAAUCCUUCUACAGAAUCAGCGGCGGUAUAGAGAAGCUAUCACAAGUUUUGAGAAGGCCAUUUAUUUUAGACCAUCGAUGGCAUUGGCAUAUGUGAACCUUGGUACGUCUCUUAUGGCGGACGGCCGGCUAGCAGAAGCGGCGAGCGCUCUCCGUACGGGCGCCCGUGUGGAAGGUCUAAGGGUCAGGGACAGAAGGGAGCAUGAUGCUGCAAGGGUAUCAGCUCUGGUGCAGUUGGCUACGCUACACUCACAGCGAGGCCAUUGGCAUAAAGCUCUAUCCGCGUACAAAGAAGCUCUACAAAUACUGCCAGAUACGAACGCACCUGUCGUUGGAUGGACAAGACAUAGUGUCUUAUCCAUGGCUGGUGACAUUUACAUUCAACUACAACAAUGGCCACAAGCGGAGCAUAGCAUACUCUCCGCAUUGGCAGUCGCGCCGAAGGAUCUAGGCACACACAUUACGCUAGCUCAGAUUCUAGCGAGAAAUACAAGUAGAGCUCUAGAAGCAGAAAUGUGGUUCAAAAGAGCAGUAACGUUAGCACCCGACGAUCCCUCAGUAAGAGAUCAAUUUGGUAUGUUCUUGAGAUCACAAAGAAGGCUACGUGAGUCAGCGGAGCAGUUUGUGCGCGCGGCGCAGCUAUCGCCGGCGGACGGUGCGCGUGCGGCCGCUGCGGCACGUGCGCUGCGGGAUGCACGUCGUUGCCGCUCUGCCGAGCGCUGGUAUGCUCGUGCUGUCGAGCUCAAUCCAGAGGACGCAGCAUACCAUUCUAAUUUGGGUGCGAUCCUGCACUUGAAUGGUAAAUACGCCGCUGCAGCCGCGUCCUACCGCCGCGCUCUGCAGUUGCAGCCCAACGACGAAAUAACCAUCACAAAUCUAAAGAGAGUUCGAACAUUAAUGAGUAAGCAGCGUAGAAAAUAAGAUAUAGAUAGCACAGCGAUUUACCUCUAUUUAUUAUCAAUUGAAUUAAAUAGGAUGUCAAUUGCCAAAUACAAGAAUGUAACAUGCGUAAGAUGACGUUAAUUUGUACCUGCUACAGUCUUAAAGAAUGUAAUAUUUUAUAUUUUUCAUUUUAAAU